AUGGGUCAAAGGCCAAUCCCCGCGAUCUCCAUGAGAGAUUUCGAGAACCGAAAGGAAGAAAUCGGACGGAAACUGGUUGAUGCAGCUGAGAAGAUUGGGUUCUUCACCCUCGUCGACCAUGUCCUUUCCGUGGAAGAGAUCGAGAAGCAGUUUGCUGUCUCUCAAAAAUACUUUGCGCAGCCCAUGGAGAAAAAGCGCGAGAUCCCCUAUGAUAACAAUACGAGUCUAGGAUACGAGAAGAAUUAUACUGUCUUGGCAAGGCUCUGGGUUUCCCUGAGAACUACUUCAAGGAAGCCAUGGAUGUAUCAAAGAACGAAUUGCACAAACCAACUUCGCAUGCUCUACUACCCCGAGGUCGAAAACUCGGCAGGUGGCUGGCGCCACGGAAACCACACUGAUAUUGGCUGUCUGACACUAGUCUUUCAGCGUGAUGGAGAGGACGGUCUGGAUGUUAUGCCAGGUCGCAAAACGCAUACUAGUGCCAUACACGGGGAUGACUUCUUCCUAAUUCCGGCUAAAAUGGGUCCUAUCGUGGUGAAUAUCGGUGACAUGCUAAUGGCGUGGUCUGACGACCGCUUUAAAGCCAACUGGCACAGGGUUCGUGCCAAGUCCGUGGGCUUCUCGCCGGCGCGAUACUCUCUUGGAUAUUUCAAUAUGGGCCGAGAGGACUUUGUGUUCCAGGGACCUCUGAAGAAAUACCCUGCCAUCACGUGCGGCGAAUACUUCCAUAACCACAUCAAGAAGCAGUUUGAGUUCUUCUUUGCCUGCCUCUGCAUGUCUAUUGAGUGGAAGAAUUAA